ACUCGACAGUUGAUUGGCAAAAUUCAACAACGUACAUAAUCGUAAUGAUUGGAUCGUCUGAUUAUCUCGGAGUUAUUAACUCGGGGAUAAUUGGAGUAAUCGAGUUGUUUAUAAAUUAUAAUAUAUUUUUUUUAAAUGGAUAACUCAAGUGAACACGAAUGUCAACUACAACUAAUUUUAUAGGAAAUAAUUUUCUCGUUAAGAGAGGGACGUUUCAUUUUCUUAAUUUGAAGAAAUCAAUUUUUCCAAAAUGGACAUAGACACUGUGUACAGAAAUUACGUGGAAGCUGAGGGAAAAUUAUAUCGAAAUAUUAUUACCUUCCUUCAAAAUAGAGAUCAGACACUUCUUAAAGAAACAUUAAAAACACAGCCACAAAUUGCUCUCUACAAAGAUAAUUGUACAAAUGAAACUCUUCUUCAUUAUGUCGUUCAAUUUGGUACUAUUGAAACAGCAAAUUGUUUACUUCAUCUUGGCGCUGAUAUUAAUGCUCAAGAUAUCGUAGGAAGAACUCCACUCUAUCGUGCUGUUGAAUUUAAUUCAGAAAUGGUAAAAUUUUUACUGAAAAAUGAAGCUGCAGUUAAUAUUUCUUCUCAGGGUAAAACAUUACUUCAACAAGCUUUAAAUUAUGGUUCAACAGACACUGUUUGUUUUAUUUUAAGUAAAAUGUUUACUGAAUUUUCAAAUAACGAAAAUUUCAAUUCAAUUAAAAACGAUGAAAAAUGUUGGAAAAUUGUUAAAUUUCUUCUAAAUUAUAAAAUUGAAUUAAAUAGUCCGGGUAAUUUAUUUUCACUUUUAUUAUUUUUUAUUCUCAAAAAUGGUGGUGAAGAAAUAUUUCAACUUGUUUUAGAGAAUAAUUGUUUUAAUCUUGAUGCACAAUGUUUAUUUGGACAUACAAUGCUUCAUUGGGCUAUUCAAUUGGAUAAAUAUAAUUGUAUAAAGUGUCUUUUAAAUAUGGGUGCAAAUAUUAAUGCUGAAGGUGCAAAUGGUGUAACUGCAUUACAUCAUGCUGUGAGAAAAAAGAAUAGUCAACUUGUUUCUUAUCUUUUGUCACGUGGUGCAAAUGUAAAUAAAACAACAAAAGAUGAUAAAUAUUCACCACUUCAUUAUGCAUUAGUUGUUGAUGAUGAUGAAAUUAUUAAGAAACUCAUAAAUGCUGGCGCUGAUAUUAAAGCAAAAUUUGGCUCACCAUUGGAAAAUUCAUCGGUAUUGAAUUUAGUUUGUGGAUGUAGUUCAUUGAGGCAACGUCUUUCAUUUUCAAUGAGUAAUACAAUUGAUGUGAAUUCAUUAUUUUCUGGGAGGAAUCUUGUUUUUAAUAAGGAGAAAAUAAAAUUUUUAAUUGAAAUGGGCGCCGAUAUUGAGGUGAGCGAGGAAAAUUAUAAUGGCAAUGAAUUGACGCCAAUGCAACGUGCAUGUGAGGCAGGACGAAUGGAUAUUGUGGAACUUCUUGUUUCAUGUGGUGCUGAUGUUAAUAGUAGAAAUAAUGAAGGAAUGACAAUGAUUCAUCAUGCUGUACUUGGAAUGAAUUUAGAUAUUGUUGAAUUUCUUUUACAACGUGGUUUAGAUGUUAAUGCAUUGGAUCACUUUAAUCGUACUCCACUUUAUCAUCUUGUUAAAUUACAUUCAAAUGACGUGAUACCGAUGAUUGAAUUUUUAAUUGACAAUGGUGCUGAUGUUAAUAUCUGCAACAAGGAAGAAAUCAGUUCAACGGCAGGUGCAGGACCACUUCACGUUGCCGUCAAACAAGAACGUUUAAAUGUCAUUGAAUGUUUAUUAUAUUUUAAUGCCGAUAUUACUGCACUUAAUGGAAAUCGUGAACGACCACUUGAAUCAAGUUAUUCAUACACUGAAUUUAUAACAAGAAGAACGGAAAUUGUAAUUGCAUUUAUGGCAAUGAAAAAUAUUGAAGUUAAUUAUUUCGAUGAUAUGGAAAUUGAUGAAGAUGAUGAAACAUUUUUGGAAUUAAAUGGCAAUCGUAAUAUGGCAUAUUUUUAUUAUCGUAAAUGUCAAGUGGAAAUAAUAAAAAUGAAACAAAAAAAAAUUUGCGACGAAAGAAAUAUAACAUUCUAUGAUUUUCUUGUUAAUGAUUUAAUGCGUGUUACAAUUUCGGCAAGAUAUAAAAAAAUUCUCGAAAUUCUUGAUUUAAAUAAAUAUCAAUUUGAAUUUCCUUGUUAUUUUUUUUUAUUAAAAAAACGAAUUGAAAGAAUUAAAAAAAUGCUUCAAAUACAAGAUUCAGUGAUAUGUUUAUUUCAAAAUUUUGUAAAUAUUGAAUUGCCAAUAAUUGUUAUUGAUAAAAUAUUUGAGAAUUUUAGUGCGAGGGAUUUUAGAAAUAUUGCACGAAUUCUUUUAUUAUAGGGUUGAGAAAAAAAUUUUAUUAAAAAAAAUUGUAAAUUGACUUUUCUUGAUAAUUGAAGCGAAUUCUAACUUAUUUAAUCGUGUGGUUUAUUAUUAUUAAUAAAAUUAUUAUUAUUACUAUUAA